AUGAAGAUUCUGCUGCUGAGUCUUGUCUUUGGUCUGGUUUGUGCUGACCAGGAACCUCCAUCUGAGGAAGCUCUCUCAAAGAUUACAGGAGAAUGGCACACAAUUUACAUAGCAUCCGAUAACGUGGACAAGACACAUGGAAAUGGCCCAUUAAGGGGUCAUAUCCAUAGGACUGAAGGCAGCAACAACUGCGAAACAACCUACAUUACUUUUUAUACAAAGAUUAAUGGGCUAUGCCAAGGACACACAGCAAUGGGAACAAGAAGAGAAAAAGAUAAUUACGGAACGGAUUGUGAGUCCGUGACCUUUUCAGAUGGGGGCAUCUUCUCAAAACCACAGAACGUGUUCAAAGUCUCGGGUAGAAAUUAUUUCCAACUGAUUAUUCUAUCAAAGAACAUGUUGGUAAUCUAUGCUGAAAGCAUCGAUGAAGACAAGACCACACACCUGACUGAAGUCGUCGGGUUCGAAAGGACAUCUCUCCUGCCUUAUUUGCUAUGGAAUCCCGCCAAAGGGCAUAGUCUCAGUGAAGAAGAAUUCAACAAGUUCGAGGAACUGAGCAAGGACAAACGUGUCCCUACGGAAAAUACAGAAGAUGUCAUCGCAACAGAGUAUGAUGAUCAGUCAUCAAAGAUGAGAAAGAAGCUAAAAUCUGAUGAGGUUAGGCCACAGGGAGAGAAUAGUUAA